AUGAGUCAUUAUUCACAAAUUAAAGAAUAUAAAGAAAAUACAAAUAAAAAAAUUUGCCAUUCUCUAAUCAAGAAUCCAGGUGAAUUCGUAAAUGCUAGCUUUUACAGGCACCAUGCUGUUAGAUAUGCAUUUAAUGACAAUAUCGGCGCUCCAGUUCAUGAAAAGUUGCAAACUGGUGCUAAAGUAUUGGAAUUUGGAUGUGGAACUGGCAUUUGGACUACUGAAGUUGCUACAGAUUGUGGUAUUCAUCAAAUACUACCAUUUCCCGACAAUAAAUUUGAUUAUGUUUUUUCUAGAAAUAAAACAGAUUUCUUUACAAAAAAUAAAUUUCAAGGAUUCUUAUUUGAGACAUUUAGAGUAUUAAAGCCAGGAGAAAUAUCAUCUCAAUUUAUUUAUAAUCCUUUAGAUGCUUUAUGGCACAAAGAAUAUGAAAUUGAUUUUGAUUUAAUAACAUGCUUAGAAGAUUACCUUCAAAUGACUGAAAAAGCCGAACUUAUAUCAUCUCAAAUAGUCAAACUUCCGCUUGGUGGUGAUGGUUUGGGAGAGUUUGCUUGUAAUUAUUCUGUAUACUAUAUAAAACUUAUAAAGGAAUUUUUGGUUCCUUAUAUGAGGAUUUUAUUUAAAGAAUAUGAUCACAUGGUAAGUGAGAUUGAAAAUGAAUUGAGAGAUAAACGUGGAGAGAUAUAUUUCAAACAAAAAAGAGUAUUUGCAAGAAAGAAAGUUAUGUAA